AUGACGCGAACGUUGUCUUCACCGCGCUCUGAGGGGCGGCCCGAGUCCUCCCUGUUCUCGUACUCAACAGUGUCAGACCAUUUCGCAUUCCCCGCCCUUGAUUUGUCGGGUCUGACAAAGGUUCCGACGAACUCGCCGUCGCAAGCCAUUGCCCAGUAUCUGCGUUCCGCUCGUUUGACUACUCUUGUAACCCUCACCCGCGGUCCCCAUGCAUCGGGAGACCGUCCACUGACCGUGAGUUUAUCCGACCUUGGAAGCCCUCACGGCCUUCCCGUAGUUGUUUUCCUCGGACUUGGAUGUGUCAGGCAUAUCAUGGGUCUCUACGAUGAGAUGGCCGAAUGCCUGGGCAUACGUCUCAUUACCAUUGACCGGUGGGGUCUGGGGCGUACGGAUACACCGCGAACCAAGAUGACGGCAGGAAUACCCGAAUGGGCCUCUGUUGUCGAAGAGGUGCUUGAUCAACUGCAUGUCGAUCAGUGCAGCGUGAUGGCCCACUCUGCCGGGGCGCCAUAUGCGCUCGCUUUUGCUAACCGCUUUCCCGAACGCAUCCGAGGAGACGUCUGCCUAUUGGCGCCUUGGGUAGGCGGGGGCGAAGGAGCGGGCUACAAGUGGCUGAAAUAUGUCCCCAACGGUCUCCUGAAGACUGCACAGGCAGCGGAAUGGAAGGUGCAGGCGUGGAUGAUCGGCAAGCCACCUACGUUCGCCUUUGAGGGGAUUGGAUAUGAUGCUACACCUUCCGCCUCCCCCUCCCAGCCUGCGCAGUCUGAAAGCCAUCCUUCACCUACUCGGAUGCCAUCGUCGUCGAAAGCUUCAUAUACAUCGCCAGUACCUGAGGAAGGCCCGCGACCAAGCAUGUCGUCCGGUAUUUUCAGCGAGUACGAUGAUUUGCGUGAUUUCGAGGGUCGUUUCGAGAGCCGCAGCACGCUAGAGCGUCGCUCCUCUGAGUCUGACCAUGGCCGGUCCCCGGUUAUGAACAGGUUGGCCAUCACGAGGAAGUCCUCCAAAGGUUUGCUCGGGCGAUUGAAAGGCGGACACUCAUCACGCCAACCGGAGUCUCCUAAGGACCAGAAGAUGAACGGCUCCCGUACGGGCAAAGGGUUGAAGGUUCUACGGUCCAUGGGUUCCCUGAAGGGCCGGUCGAAACCUUCCCCAAAUCCCAGCCCCUCAUCGGGAUUGCCUGAGGUGCCCUGGCUGCCUUCGCCAAUCAGCCCCGACGUUGGACUGGGUCUUGGUGCAGUGGAUUGGUCAGACAUGGGGGCAAGAGGGAAGUCAACAUCGACGCCACCUGUGGCGACAACUAAGACUAGCCGGUCUUCUCACGAACCCCCAACUAGCGAGUCGACGUUCUCGGCGCGCGCGAACGGACGGAGAUCAAUAUCACUCACUACGGCCGCGGAACGCCUGAAACCGUCAAGUCCACCACCGCUACCAAGCCCAGUGCCCGAGGCAUCCUCAACACCAGCCAGCUUCCAGGUUGCGCUCGGGAAUGCCUUGUUAGCCGCGUCUCACGCCGAGUCGGCCAAGGGCACCCACCGAGAUUUGCUCCAAAUCCUCAACCAUGAUCGACAACCGUGGGGGUUCUCAUACUCCGCAUACCCACACACCGUCAGGGUCUGGUACGGCGACAAGGAUGAGCGUAUCGCCGAGAAUGCCGUGCGAUGGAUGGAGAACACUAUGGGACCGGACAAGUGUCUUGUCAAUGUGGUCCAAGGUGCCGACCACGCUCUCAUGUACAAGAGCAGUGUUGUUAUUGACGUCCUGGAGAAAAUCGCCGAUUUCUGGCAACGUGAGUAG